CCUUUCAUUUUUUUAAGAGCAUAACCUUUAUUUAUCUAUAUUUUAUUAUAAAUACAUUUUUUUUUUUUAUAAUAUACAUCUCUGAUCUCUCUAUUCCACCUCACUCGUAACCAACCUGGCAACCUCCAUGCUCACUUAUAAUUCCAUAUGGUUGCCCUCAAUAUUUUUUUUUUUUUUUUUAAAUUUCGAAAAAUGUCCUGAAACUUCUCAAGUACGUCGUAUAAGAAUUAAAAGCCCUAAACCCCGCCAAAUGAACAAAAUCCUUCUAAUUUUCCCAAAAUUCAAAAUCAGUUAAUCAGUUACCAUUAAUAGAAAGAGGAGAGAGAAAGUGAGUGAAGAACCGCCAUGGAAGAACCUUCAUCGCAGGGAGAUUCCAAGGUUUUCAGCGUUCGAAUCGUUUCGAUUGAUCAUUACAUGUCUCCUCCAAUUCCAGAUUUCGACAUUUCUUACAGCAGCUUCCAAGGUGGAAGUGUGAAGGAGGUGCCUGUUAUAAGAAUCUUUGGCUCCACUCCUGCUGGUCAGAAAGCUUGCGUGCAUGUUCAUCGAGCUUUACCAUAUUUAUACGUGCCCUGCUCAGAUAUACCACUUCAUCUAAAUCCAGAAGGUAGUGUUUAUGUGAAUGUCAUAUCUUUUGCUGUUGAGAAGGCUUUGAAGCUCAAGGGCAAUGCUGGUACAAAAAGGCAGCAUGUGCAUAGUUGCACUGUAGUCCGUGCAAAGAAAUUUUAUGGCUACCAUUUAUCAGAGGAGCUAUUUGUAAAGAUAAAUCUAUAUUAUCCCCAUGAUGUCUCCCGCGCUGCUAAUCUUCUGCUGAGCGGUGUUGUCUUUGAGAAGUGUUUACAGCCCUAUGAAUCACAUAUUCCCUUCCUUCUGCAAUUUCUGGUUGACUACAACUUAUAUGGCAUGGGCCAUAUGCAUGUUUCAAAAAUGAAGUUUCGUCAUCCAGUGCCUGGUGAUCUCCAUGUUGAGAAUGCUGAUCGUUCUAAUUCAGAAACUUUUGUUGGCAAGUCUUCUUAUUCUCAGUCAGAUGUGGCUUCUAGUUUGCAUUCAUUGCCACUAGUUUGGAGGUCUUUAACUAUUCCAGAUGAAUGGAUGUGGCAAUAUCCUUCCAUACGUGGUGCUUCAUCAACUCCUGUCAACAAUUUUGUAAAUCGUCAAAGCAUUUGUGAACUUGAGGGGGAUGCCACUGUAGAAGACAUUUUGAAUCAGCAGUUGAAAAUGUAUACAUCCCUCUCACAAACUCGUUCAGAUGUGAGAAUGGUUCAGUCGCUUGUUCCUAUUUGGGAGGAAGAGUUUGAAAGGAUUGGAGUUCAUGAUGCAGAAAUACUGGCUGAUCCUGGUCGGCCACCUCCUCAAGAUGUUUUGAAAACCUUGUCAAAUGGUGUCGAGUACAUGGACAACCUUAAGGGUUUGUAUAGCAAAUUAGAAAGCAAUUUGUUAGAUAGAUCUGAAGAUGUGAAAUCUAUGGUGCCAACACAGUGUCCAAUAGAAGAGGAGAGUAUAAUGGGAACAAGAAACCAAAACUCAAAUGAGCUAGUAUUGAGGUCCUCUGAAGACGUAAAUAUCGAGCAUUGUGUGACACCACAUCAAUCAGUGUCUGUUGACGCUAUAGGUGCAUUAUUGGGAAAAUCAGUUGAAAUGGAUGAAAUGGAUAUUCUUCAGGUGAUGGAAAGAGUGGAUACAAAAGGUACAGAUUCAGAGGAUGUAGCAUUAUUGAAGUGGCUAGCUUCCUCACAGGCUGCAGUAGAUAUGAACUCAGAUGAUGAACUUCACCAGGAGACCAUUCUAAAUCCCAUGUUGCCAGCAGCAACCAUUGAUAAAGUGUUGAAGAUAGCUAAUACAGAUUAUGAGAAUGGAUCUCAGCAAGAGUGUCAGGAUAUACUUGAUUCAAUUGUAGAUGUGUUAAAUUCUGAUGAUCAAAAAGGAAAAAGAACUUCUAUUGGUCAAGAUUUAUCUGGCUCAAAAAUUCCAAAGUUCGAUGGUGCUGGAGAUGAUCAUCAAUUUACUCCUGCUGCUAAUUUACCUGAACAAAUAGACACUGAAUCGGUGUCUUCCAAGCAUCAUACAUUUCCCCAUUGCAGCUCUAGCUUUGAUGACAAGCAAAAAAAACCCAAAUUACAGUUUGGUCACCAAUUAACUCCUGCUGCUAAUUUACCUGAGAAAAUGGACACUGAAUCUGUGUCUUCCAAGCGCCACACUUUUCCCCAUAGCAGUUCUAGCUUUGAUGACAAGCAAAAAAAGUCCAAAUUACAAUUUGGUCCUUUACCUCUUUCUGAAGUCCAACAAUUUACUACCAAUAUACAUUCUGAUCCUUCAACUAAGAAUGCAGAUGGCAGUGGCUGCUAUGUAGUUGACUCAAGAACACAACACAGCGGUUCUGUACGAGACUUGAUGAGGAAAAAGCAAAGCUUCCGAGUUGGAUCAUCCAGUUCAGGAAAAAGUGUGGAAGAAGGUUUUGUAAAGGAAAAUAAUGUAUUUUAUCCGAGGAAGUUGGAAUUUCAUACAGAGCCAUCAGAAGAGCAAAAUUUGAUGGCUGCUGAAUUUUCUCCCUCUAGUCAUAUGCAGAUAGACAAACAAACAGAAGUGUGUGAAGUUAGACAAUCUGCUACUGAUUGUCCUGUUGGAAAAGAGAAGCAAGAUAUUGCAAACUCAUCUGUAGCUGAUGCAGAAGUUGUCAAAGUUGACUCUGUAAAACAGCAUGCGUCUGUGAGCCCACCAUUUGCAUUUGGCCACAUGGAUGAGACAGAGUCCGUAGGAUAUAUCAGCAUGACUUUCCACAAGAAACCUCCGUUAGCUAGCUGGAAAAAUGGCACAUCUCAAAAUUCAGCAUCAAUACCUGUUCCCUCUCGUUGGUGUUCUGUCAAAGAUGACAGUGACGAUGAAGGAACAUCAGUGCAGGGUGGAGUUCCAGAAGAUGUUCACCCAUUUUUUACUGACUCCUCUAAAAGUGUCUCCCAGGAAUCACAUGGUUUUGGUAUAGGAGUUCCUACUCAUUAUUAUAAUGAUGGCUCUUAUGCUUAUUUAUUGACCCCAGCAGUUUCACCUCCAUCAGUUGAUUCUGUUUUUAAUUGGCUAGCGCUUGAAGAAAAAGAACGUACACGUGCAAAGCCCUUACCUGAUGAUUCCUCUGAAUUAACACUUUUGGAGCCCAUGAAUAAUCGGCUAGAUGGUGAAAAUCAUAGAAAUUUAGAUAUGGAAGGAGGUCUAAUGAAAGAUGAGCUUGCCCAAUGCCUUGAUAAAGGGAGUUCUUUGAAAGAAAUUUUUUUGACAAAGCUAUCACAUGACAUCUCUCAGAUCUCAGGACCCAGUGGGCAGUCAAAGCCUACUCCUCUCAGUCAAAUCGGGUUUAGAGACCCUGCCAGUGUUGGCGCUGGCCAACAACUGACACUGUUGAGUAUGGAGGUGAGAAUCCAGGGAGAUCUUCGUCCUGAUCCACGGCAUGAUAGUAUAAAUAUUAUUGUCAUAGCAGUCCAAAAUGAUAGUAGUCCAUCUGUCGACAUCUAUGCACUUCUGCAUGGUUCAACUGAAGGUUGUGGAAGAAACUUGGAUGGAAUAUCAGGAUGCAGGAUGCUUGUUUAUCCUGAAGAGAGGGAUUUGCUUGACAAAUUUAUAAGUAUAACAUGCUCAAUUGAUCCAGAUAUCUUAAUCGGAUGGGACAUCCAAGGCAACUCACUUGGAUUUUUAGCUGAAAGGGCUUCUCACUUAGGUCUUAGCUUGAUUAACAAAAUCUCUCGUACACCAGCAGAAAGAAAGGCAGUUAACAGAGACCUGGAUACUUCUGACAAGGGAACUGCUGCAGCUGUAUCUGCUGAUUCUCUGAUGUCUGAUACUGUUCUUGAUGAUAACACUAUAAUUGAGGAUGAAUGGGGUAGGACCCAUGCAAGCGGUGUCCAUGUAACUGGAAGAAUAGUCCUCAAUGUUUGGAGACUCGUGCGUAGUGAAGUUAAAUUAAAUAUGUAUUCCCUAGAGGCUGUGGCAGAAGCUGUUUUGAGACGAAAAGUUCCGUCGAUUCAUUGGAAGAUAUUGAACAAAUGGUUCUCAAGUGGUCCUGGGAGAGCAAGAUUCCGUUGCAUUGAGUAUUUUGUGGAGAGGGUAAAGUUGAACUUUGAUAUUGUGAAUCAGCUUGAUAUGAUAAACCGCACAUCAGAGCUAGCUCGUGUUUUUGGAAUCGACUUUUUCUCUGUUUUGUCUCGUGGCUCUCAGUAUCGUGUUGAAUCCAUGCUUGUAAGAUUGGCUCAUACACAGAAUUAUGUCCUUAUUUCUCCAGGGUAUCAACAGGUAGCCUCUCAACCUGCAAUGGAGUGCAUACCUCUUGUAAUGGAGCCAGAAUCUGGUUUCUACUCAGAUCCAGUUGUUGUUUUGGAUUUUCAGUCACUCUAUCCGUCAAUGAUAAUUGCAUACAACCUUUGCUUUUCUACCUGCCUUGGCAAUGUUGUCCCAUCAAAAGCCGAUUGCCUUGGGGUCAGCUCAUACUCCCCAGAUUUGCAAAUUUUGAAGGAUUUAAAUCAACAGAUACUGGUUACCCCUAAUGGUGUAAUGUAUGUGCCCUCUGAGGUGCGUAAAGGAAUUCUACCUCGGCUGUUGGAAGAAAUUUUAUCAACUAGGGUUAUGGUGAAGCAAGCAAUGAAGUCGUUGGCACCUUCACAGCAAGUUCUUCAGAGGAUAUUUAAUGCCAGACAGCUUGCAUUAAAGCUAAUAGCUAAUGUAACUUACGGAUACACAGCUGCUGGAUUUAGUGGUCGCAUGCCAUGUGCAGAGCUGGCAGACAGUAUUGUUCAGUGUGGUCGUAAAACACUUGAACAUGCUAUCUUAUUUGUCAACAAACAUGAUCAAUGGAAUGCUAGGGUUCUGUAUGGUGAUACUGACAGUAUGUUUGUUCUUCUUAAAGGGCGCACUUUAAAAGAGGCUUUUCGUAUUGGAAAUGAGAUAGCUUCCACAAUUACAGCAAUGAAUCCAAAUCCUGUCAAAUUGAAGAUGGAGAAGGUCUAUCAGUCCUGCUUUCUUCUUACUAAAAAGCGAUAUGUAGGAUACAGUUAUGAGAGCCUCAGUCAACCAGAACCUAUGUUUGAUGCUAAAGGCAUUGAGACAGUUCGUAGAGACACGUGUCCUGCUGUUGCAAAGACCUUGGAGAAGUCGUUGAGAAUGUUUUUUGAAUGCCAGGACAUUUCCAAGGUUAAAGCUUAUCUUCAGCGCCAAUGGUCCAGAAUCCUUUCAGGAAGGAUUUCAAUUCAAGAUUUUGUCUUUGCAAAAGAGGUCCGAUUGGGUACUUACAGCACAAGGGCUUCAUCAUCACUGCCUCCAGCAGCAAUUGUUGCUUCUAAAGCAAUGAGAGUUGAUCCAAGAGCUGAACCUCGAUAUGCUGAGCGUGUCCUUUAUGUUGUUGUCCAUGGAGAACCAGGUGCUCGAUUGGUUGACAUGGUUGUUGACCCACAGGAACUCUUGUCUAUGGAGUCUCCCUAUAGACUGAAUGAUUUGUAUUACAUCACAAAGCAGAUAAUACCAGCUUUACAGCGGGUAUUUGGGCUUAUAGGUGCUGAUUUAAGGCAGUGGUUUCAGGAUAUGCCACGGCCUGUUAGGGAUGCUCCUGCAAAGCAACACUUCAGUGCUGUAAAUUCUCUCCGAGCUAGAAUUGAUUAUUACUAUUCCUCAAAACAUUGUGUACUCUGUGGAGAACUUGUCCAAACAGCUAAUUAUUUUUGUGAAAAAUGUUCCAAGAAGGGCCCUGUUACCGUUGCAGCUAUGACUGGAAGAACUUUAAAACUGGAGAGAGAUAUCCAACACCUUGUUGCUAUUUGUCGGCAUUGUGGUGGUGGAGAUUGGCUGGUGGAAAGUGGCGUCAAGUGUACUUCUCUAGCAUGCUCGGUAUAUUAUGAGAGGCAGAAAGUUCAGAAAGAACUGCGGGCUUUCUCUGGUAUUGCUACUGAAGCAGGUUUUUAUCCUAAGUGUAUGGUGGAGUGGUUCUGAAAGUUUUCAUUAUUUUCCUAUAAAGAAACCGCAAGGUGAUAAUAGGAUAGCUGGAUAGGUGAGGUUUUGGUAGCAUUUUUUUCUCCUGCCCUUUUCUCCUAAAUGUGAUUAUGUAAUUUUUUUUUUUCUACUCGUAUAAUGCAGUGUACGAUUCAAAUGUAUAUGGACCUUAUGGCCAUAUAUUUUGUACAGAGUAAUCCGUAGUGUGUAGGAACAUCUCUUCGUGUAUAGAGUUACAGCAUUAGAAGCCAGGCAAAUUUACUGUUGUUUGUUGUAUCUCUUGUUCAAUGUACAAUUAUAACAGUGGAAGUGUCUAUAUAUUUUGUUCAAUCUAUAGCUCUUCUAUGUUGAUUUACUUCGAA